GGGCCCGUGUUGUGUCGGGGCGCGGGGCCCGUGCCCCCCCCGCCCUUCUCCGCUGGCUCGCGGUGUGUGCCCGGAGGUGGCGGCUGCACAAAGACGCACAGGGCCCGUGUGAGUAAGACCAGGAUGGAAGAGUCCAAUGGGGACUUUCCCAUCCAGAGAGACACCAUCCUAUCCAAGUUGUGCUGUGAUCACGUCACCAUAACAAACCUGGUGGAAGUGCUGAGAUCUUUGGUGGCUUUAACUGACCCUCAGGAGGGGAAGCUGACUCAGUCUCAAGAGAAAGCACUGAACUUGGUGGGCAUUUGGAAAACUGUAUUUGCAGCUGUUCCUGGGCCUACGUCAAAGACCCCAGUGGAGUGACAGCUCGAAGAUGGGAGAUCAGGAUGCAGGUGAACCCUUUCUGGGAAUAGUGGCUGGUGGUGCCACAGACUACGAAGGAGCUCUGCCCUCAGACACUGUGUCACUCAGCGAUUCUGAUUCCGAUGAUUUGGGGUUAGCGGAUGAAGCAGAAGUUGAUACAAUAUCUCCUGAGGAGCCAUCUGCAGAUGACGGGGAUUACAGAUCCAGGGAGACCCCCGACUCUUCAAACAGCAGUCACAGAUCUCCUGUCCAGCCAUUCCAUCUGAGGGGCAUGAGUUCUACAUUCUCUCUCCGUAGCCAGAGCAUUUUUGAUUGCCUGGAAGAAGCAGCCAAGUCGUCUGUGCCCUCGAUGCCUGAAGAUAAUGUUGUUGAUGGGAGGUUUAAGCGUCCAUUGCCUCCAACCACAGUUUCAGGUAACAUGGUUCCAGAAAGCCUGGGAAAGCAAGCCAAACCAGUGCAGGCUCCCAAAGCCUCUCCUGCAGUGCCUGACUAUGUGGCACACCCAGAGCGCUGGACCAAAUACAGCCUAGAUGGAGUUUCAGAGGCUAGUGACAAGACUAACAGGGCAGUGGCCAUGGAAUUUCUAGAGGGUUUGAAGAAAAGAGGGGAGGAACAAAGCUCAGCUACCCAAGAUAGCUAUACCCCAUACUUCAACCAGGACCCUUCCAGCUGUGGAGCUGGGAGGAUUGUCUUCACCAAACCAGCAAAAAGGAGUGUUGAUGGACUGAAAAAGAAAACAUCAGCAGGGGAGGAUGGUAAGAAACAUAGGAAAAUGGAUCUGAAAGGAAAAUCUCUUAAGAAGACUGAUGACUUGAGGGAGGAAGAUAAGGUAGAGCUGGGGCAUUUAGACAGUGGAAGUGGAAAGGCAACAGAGGAGGAGGAGUGCAUGAUGGCAGGGGACCUGAAUACAGAGGGUAAGCUUAGUGCAAGGUUUAGUGGCGCAGGUGAAGAGCUGUCGGUUGAAACAGUUGGAUUCCAUUGCAGUAAGAAGAAGAAUAGGAAAAAUUUCCGGCCUAAAGUAGACGAUGAAGGGGAGGAGGAAGAGUCCUGAAGGAUGGAGCGCGUUGGAGACAUCCCAGGACUUGUAUAGCCUUUGGGUGUGUUUGGUUUUUUCUCUGACUUUUUUUUUUUCUGGUCUGGAAACCAUGUGAUAGCUUUAUCUAACGGUUUGCAUCGUAGCCACCAAGAACAUUAUAUAUUGUUAGAAAUUAAGCUACUUAAAAUACUCUGCAGACUUUUUGUUCAUGAAAAGUUGCACCCUAGCAGGAGGCAAUAAGAUGUGAUUUGUUUGCUUGAGCAGCUCCCUGGGUCUUGCUCUAGAGCUGAAGUAGCCAAAGAAGAAGAUGUGUUAGCUAAAAGGCUGUAAGGCUUCCUGCUAACCCCCAGUUUAGAGCUGUUCCCAAAUCCUGUAGAAUCCUGGAACAAUGAUGCUGAGCUCAUUGUAUAGAGAUUUUUAAACAAUGAAAAUAAACCCAAGUCUUCCACUAGAUGUGAUUUCUCCUGGCCCUGUCCCAGGGAGAAAAACUUUUUUUUUUUUUUUUUUAACACUUUUGGGUUUUUUAAUACAUCCUUCUCUCAUUGCCAUUGAGAGUGAAAGCACAACGGUGCCCAAUCAUGAAUUUGGAGGGCCCAGGUGGGGGGCCAACUUUUUUUAAAGUUGGCUUAAUAUUUACCUUAGUUAGUGUUACAUGGUACAUGAUUUUAAAAAACGUAAUGUUUCCUGUGGAGAGGUACAACUCUGGAUACAUCCUGGUGAAGACACACUCAGGGUGGCUUUAGCAAAGUCUCACCACAUUGAGUGUAGGUCAGAAUUUGCUUUGGUUGUUAAAUUGGGAAGCAGCUUUUCCUCUUACUGGUAUGAUAUGAUGUGAUGAUUCUUGGCCUGCACGUUUGUACGUCCUUUCCAAGUGGCACUGCUUCCGCAUUGAUUCUCUGUGUGGAUUUGGUGGGAAUGAGGUAUUUAUACCAGAACUGGAUACUUUUUUGUUCUUUGGGAUUCAAUAAACUUUCAGUUGUAGCUUGAUUUCUUAAUCUCUUUGAACCAUGCUGAUUAAUGCAGCUAUAGGAGGUUUAACAAAUACUGUUUAUUUGAUUUGAGAAUUGUCUUGAACAUCUAGAAUGUUACUCUUACCAUCUUGUAACUUCUCCCUCAAGUCUUAUAUUUUAGAUUCUAAAAUUCACAUAUUUAACAUUUUCAAUCAUUUUACAAUAUAUAGAGAAUCACCUCAUAGGAUGAAUCGCCUCAUACAAUGAAUCACAUUGUAAUGAAUGUCAAAUAUAGUAGUUUUUCACACAGAAUGUCAAUAAAUUUUAUAAAUAAGGUUGAAAGAUUAAA